AUGUCUCAGCCGCUCCCUGCCGACGGCACAGGCGUGGUCACACUCGACCCAUGGCUCGAGCCAUUCUCCAGCUCUCUCAAGGAGCGAUAUUCUGCUUAUCAAAAGCAACGCAGUGUCAUCGACAAGCACGAGGGCGGCCUGGCCAAGUUCUCUGAAGGAUACAAGACAAUGGGUUUCCAAGUGGACGCCGAGGGCGGAGUGCGUUAUCGGGAGUGGGCCCCCAAUGCCCUCGAGGCCAGGCUGAUUGGUGACUUUAAUCAGUGGUCGCAUACGGCCAACCCCAUGACAAAGGAUACCUUCGGCGUGUUUGAAUGCUAUGUCCCGCCCAUCUCUCCUAGGGUCUGUGCAAUCCCUCACGACUCUAUGGUCAAGAUCUCCAUGACUGUGCCCGGUGGCACCUCCAUCGAUCGAAUCCCCACCUGGCUCACCCGUGUCACUCAAGAUCUCAACAUCUCCCCUAUCUAUGACGGAAGGUUUUGGAAUCCUCCUCAGAAUGAGACGUACCAGUUCAAGUAUGGACACUCUCAGCAGUCUGUGGAUGGGCUCAAGAUCUACGAGGCUCAUGUGGGCAUAUCCAGCCCGAACAUGCGAGUCACAACCUACAAAGAGUUUGAAACAGACGUGUUGCCAAGGAUCAAAGAGCUUGGAUACAACUGCAUUCAGAUGAUGGCCAUCAUGGAGCACGCAUAUUACGCCUCUUUUGGCUACCAAGUUUCCAACUUCUUUGCAGCGUCUUCGCGUUAUGGUACCCCGGAGGAACUCAAAUCUCUCAUUGACAAGGCACAUGAGCUUGGUUUCACUGUUCUUUUGGAUGUUGUCCACUCUCAUGCUUGCAAAAACAUUCUAGAUGGCAUCAACAUAUUUGACGGUUCAGACCACCUCUAUUUCCAUGAAGGCGCAAAGGGUCGCCAUGAGCUUUGGGACUCUCGCCUUUUCAAUUAUGGCAGUCACGAAGUCCUUCGCUUCCUCCUCUCGAAUCUGCGCUUUUGGAUGGACACAUUCAUGUUUGAUGGAUUCAGAUUUGACGGUGUCACAAGCAUGAUGUACAAACAUCAUGGUAUUGGAACAGGGUUCUCAGGUGGCUACCAUGAAUAUUUUGGAGAAGGUGUUGACACAGAGGCUAUGGUGUACUUGAUGCUUGCCAAUGCCAUGCUUCAUGAAGUUUACCCCCACGUUAUCACCAUAGCGGAGGACGUCUCUGGCAUGCCCACCCUGUGUCGCCCAGUUGCUGAAGGUGGUGUGGGCUUUGAUUAUCGAUUAUCAAUGGCAAUACCAGACAUGUGGAUCAAGCUUCUCAAGGAAAAAUCAGAUGAUGAGUGGGAUAUUGGAAACAUUUGCCAUACCCUCACCAACCGACGUCAUCAAGAGAAGAGUGUUGCUUAUGCUGAGAGCCAUGAUCAAGCCUUGGUGGGAGACAAGACGUUGGCUUUCUGGUUGAUGGAUAAAGAGAUGUAUGAAAACAUGUCAGAUUUCUCGCCCUUAACUCCAGUUGUUGAUCGAGGUUUAGCUCUUCACAAGAUGAUCAGAUUCUUGGUGCACACUUUGGGAGGAGAGGCAUACCUUAACUUUGAAGGAAAUGAGUUUGGACAUCCAGAAUGGAUGGAUUUCCCCCGAGAAGGCAACAACAACAGUUUCUCCCAUGCUCGCCGUCAAUUCAAUUUGGUUGAUGACAAAAAUCUGAGGUACAAAUAUCUCUAUGACUUUGACUCGGUCAUGAACAAUUUGGAAAGCCACUUCAAGUGGCUCAGUGCCCCUCAGGCCUAUGUUUCUCUCAAGCAUGAAGGUGACAAGGUGAUUGUGUUUGAGAGGGCGGGUCUUCUGUUCAUCUUCAACUUCCAUCCUACUCAGUCUUUUGUGGACUACAGGGUUGGAGUUGAAGCAUCUGGGGAAUACAAGGUGGUGCUCACCAGUGAUGAUACACGAUUUGGUGGUCAUGCCCGGGUUGAUGUCAACAGCAAGUAUCACACAACAGCAUCCGAGUGGAAUGGGAGAAAGAACUGGCUGCAGGUAUAUGCUCCUUCUAGGACUGUGUUGGUCCUUGGUUUGUAG